AUUGGUGUGUGGCCGGGGAGGGGGGCUAGGCUGAGCUGGAGGCGCGAAGGCUCGAAGAAACGGAAGGGCCGAUGGAGUGGGCCCCCUGCGCGCUGAGACAUAAAAUUUGAAAUAAAUAAGGGAAAAGAACCCCUACAAUGUCUUCGGUAGUGUCAGAAUAUACCAUUGGUGGGGUGAAGAUUAUCUUUCCUUGCAAGGCUUACCCUUCACAGCUUGCUAUGAUGAAUGCAAUUGUUAAGGGGUUAAAUUCCAGGCAACAUUGUUUGUUGGAGAGCCCCACAGGAAGUGGUAAAAGUUUGGCGUUACUUUGUUCUGUAUUAUCAUGGCAGCAGUCUCUGCAUGAGAAGUCACUGGAUGAGUUCUCAUGUGAAAAGGAAUGCAAAAAACCAGAGACUUCAUUGCCAUGUCACUGUAGAUGCCAUUCCCAAGCUGUGACUAAUGACACUACUGCAGAUGUGAACCAAGGUGCUUCUUGUUCUUUCACUAAUUGUAAAGCAGCAACUUCCAUAAAAAGUGAAACACCAUCAAUAGACAAAGUAAUGAAUACUCCUGUUACAGUACAUAAUGCAAAAGUCACACUGUCUUCAAAAUUAUCUGCAAAGAAAUGGGCAUCUUUACAUGGAGAUGAAAAUGACGACUUUCAAGUGGACAGGAAAAGGAUACGUUUAUUAGAAACUGAGCAGCAGAUAAGAAAACGUCAUUGUUUUGCAAAGGGAGUGCAGUUUGUUGAUGCUUUGGAAGUUUAUCAACAGCGAAGAAAUGGGGAACUGAUUGUUCACUCAGAAAAAAUUGCUGCUUUCUCUCCAAAAACAUCUCCUGGCCCCUGCACACAGUGUUCCUGUUCUUCUGCAAAAGAAAAUGGUAAAAAUGUUAGUUAUGCAAAGAGGAAGGAAAAUGGAGGAAAGCCACACAUCCCCAAAAUAUUUUUUGGAACUCGAACACACAAGCAAAUAGCUCAGAUUACUAGAGAGCUGCAGAGGACAGUGUACUCCAGUGUCCGUAUGACGAUUCUUUCUAGCCGGGAUCAUACCUGUGUUCAUCCAGUGGUAUCCAGAAGUAGUAACAGGAAUGAAAAAUGCGCAGACUUGCUGGAAGGAAAAAAUGGCGGGUCCUGUGUUUACUACCAUGGUGUCCAUAAACUUAGUGAACAUCAUGCUCUACAGUUUGCACGUAAGAAGUGUCAGGCUUGGGACAUAGAAGAUCUAGUAAGCCUGGGAAAGAAGCUACGUGCAUGUGCCUAUUUUGCAGCUCGAGAACUCAUGGUGGGGGCAGAUAUUGUAUUUUGUCCUUACAACUACCUGCUGGACCCACAAAUAAGAGAGAGUAUGGAGAUUAACUUAAAAGACCAAGUAGUCAUUUUAGAUGAAGCUCAUAAUAUUGAAGAUUGUGCACGGGAGUCAGCCAGUUACAGUGUUACAGAAACACAGCUGAGAUUUGCUCGAGAAGAACUUGAUAUCAUGGUGGUCAACAACAUCAGACGGAAGGACCAUGAUCCCCUGCGGGCUGUGUGCUACAGUCUGACAAAUUGGCUGCAGGAAAGCUCUGGUCAGCUUAAAGAAAGGGGAUAUGAAACCUCCUGUAAAGUUUGGAGUGGAAAGGAAAUGCUCGCCAUUUUGCACAAUAUGGGAAUAACAAAUGCUACAUUUCCUAUCUUGCAGAAACAUUUUGCAGCUGUCCUUGAAAAAGAAGAAAAAGUAUCGAAUCUUCAUGAAGGAGAUGAGCUUAUUGAGGUUCCUAUUGUGAGCCCUGCCACUCAAAUUGUGCUAAAAGGGUUAUUCAUGGUUCUGCUAUAUCUUUUUAAAGAUAACAACAGAUUUGCAGAUGACUACAGAGUUGCUUUGCAACAAACAUAUGUUUGGACAAAUGAAAAGCAACCUGAUAUUCCAGAUAAAAAUGCUUUCUUUGUACAACCAAAACAUCAGAGGAGUUCACGGCAGAAAACAGCAGUCCAUACGCUUAACUUUUGGUGCUUGAAUCCAGCUGUGGCCUUUUCAGAUUUAAGUGGUAAUGUCAGGACAAUUGUUCUAACGUCUGGUACGCUCUCUCCAAUGGACUCAUUUUCUUCAGAACUUGGUGUGAAGUUUACUAUCCAGCUUGAGGCAAAUCAUGUUGUUCAUAACUCACAGGUUUGGGUCGGCACCGUUGGGGCAGGCCCCAAGGGUCGGAAGUUGCAUGCCACAUUCCAGCAUACAGAGACCUUUGAAUUCCAGGAUGAAGUGGGAGCACUUCUGCUUUCAGUGUGUCAAACUGUUGGCCAAGGGGUCUUAUGCUUUUUGCCAUCUUAUAAGUUGUUGGAUAAAUUAAAAGAUCGCUGGAUGCAUACUGGCUUAUGGAGAAACUUGGAGCUUGUUAAGACAGUCAUUGCAGAGCCUCAAGGAGGAGACAAGGCUGACUUUGAUGCACUGCUCCAAAUAUACUAUAAUGCAAUAAAAUAUAAAGGAGGAAAAGAUGGAGCACUUCUUAUAGCAGUAUGCAGAGGUAAAGUUAGUGAAGGUUUGGAUUUCUCUGAUGACAAUGCCCGUGCUGUUAUAACUAUUGGUAUUCCAUUUCCAAAUGUGAAAGAUCUUCAGGUUGAGUUAAAGAGGAAAUACAAUGACCAGCACUCAAAGACAAGAGGCCUUUUACCAGGGAGCCAGUGGUAUGAAAUUCAAGCUUACAGAGCUCUCAACCAGGCACUGGGCAGGUGUAUUCGUCACAAAAAGGAUUGGGGUGCUCUUGUGUUAGUUGAUGAUCGCUUCAGGAGUAACCCUAAUAAAUACAUAACUGGAUUAUCCAAAUGGAUUCGUCAACAAAUCCAGCACCAUGAGAACUUUAGUACUGCGCUUGAUUCGUUGGAUGCAUUUGCUAAAAAAAAUCAAGUGGGCGCUGGUUUUUCAACCCAGUGUAAUAGUGAAUCUCUCCUCAUACAUUCAAGUUCAAAAGAUCCGUCAUCAACUUCGUUAUGGGAGGCAUCUAUUCAUCUGUCACCAGAUGUUCCUGUUGAAAGUAAGGUGCAGAAUUUGGUCCUAGAAGCUCAUUCGCCUACAGCAAUCAACACAGUUAAUUCUACAGCAUCCAGUCAAUUAAGUAACAGCAUGGCAACAAAGAAAAAUGGUCAGAAUUUUGGUGUAGAAAAUCAUAUUCACCGAACAGAGAGGAGAGAAAAACAUAUGGAUUCCAAACCAAAAAGUCCUGCCAUCAAAAAAGAAAGGGAGAAAAGGAAUAGCUGGACUAAUGCUGACCUUAUGAAACAAUACUUCAGCAAUAAGCCACUGACUUCAACACCUCUGCCUGUGAAUGAAAAGAAAUGUAUCUCCAAAGCUAUGUGCAAACAAAAAAGGAGAACUAUUGAAUCUAGUCAGCCUGUUGUUAAUGAACACCAGUGCCAGUCAUCAUUGCUUACAGAACAUACACCAAGUGGACCAGCUUUACAACUGGAAACAACUAGUUCCUCAAAAAAAAAGGGUGAGGCUGCAGCUGCUGAAGAACAUCCUGCUGAACAGCAGCUCUGCACUGAUGGAGUCAUAGAUCAAUGCAUUGAGUUAUCUCCAGUAAGAGGAAAAAUUGAACUUUCAACGUUAAAUGUAGCCAUAGAAGCAGAAGCUGAGGAUGACAGUAUCUAUUUUACACCUGAACUUUAUGAUGAUAUAGAAUCAGAGGAACAGCAAAUUGAACCAUUAAUUCAAACGUGUAAUAAUACUGUGAAUCAGAAUGAACAUGGAGCUUGCAUUGUAGCUGAAGAUCUUUUUGAAAUCAGUACUUCAAAAGUAGUAAGCUCAAUUGGAGAAAUAAAAAGUAAUAAUAACAUGAACACAGAAUUAGCUAUAAUAAUGCAAAAUGACAAGAUUAAGGGUAAUGCAGAUAGUGAUGCUGAAAGUAUUACUAGAGUAGGAGAAGUGGAACAGAAAAAAUAUCAGGAAAUGGACACCAGAGAAAAGAAAAGUAAACUUUCCAGAUCACGAAACAAAGGACUGAAUGUGCAAAGAGCAUGCAAACGAAGAACCAAGAAAGCUGCUAGUAGGGGAAAUGGCUUCAUCUGUGAAAGAAAGGAAACAUGCAGCCAACCUUGCAGGUCAGGACUGUAUUGUAUUGUCUGUGGACAAUUUUUAUUACCAAAAGCAGAAGAACACCAUGAAGAAGCCACAGGGUAACAGUACUGAAGCAAGUCUGGCUCCUUCCAUCGUCUGUUCGUUAUUGCUUACUGCUACAGAUCCCUCAAGAACUGAAAACAGGCUUUUUGGAGUAGAAGCUAUCUUGAAAAAUGUUGCUGAUGUAUGCCACACAGUUACCGGGACUAAUAAGACAGAUAAGUAAAGGGUUUUAUUCUUUAAUGUCAGCUCAGAACUAUUUUUCAGUGCAGUUGCAGAAGCAGCACUAUCUUUGUACACAUGUAAAAUGAUUGAAAAGAAUUAUCAGGUUAAAAAUCAUGGCUGUAGUCCUGGCCCUAUUGAAAUCAAUGGAAGUUACACCCUUGACAUCAAUAAAGCCAGGAUUCCACCCCGUAUUUAAACAGAAAUCUUUAACUGUUAUUAGCUGGAGGGGUUACAAAUGCAGGCAAAGAAUGUUUUAAAAUUUUGAUUUCAUUUUCAUUUUCUGGCUGUUUGUCUACUUAUCUGCCCUUCAGAGUAUAAGAUGGAAAGCAGCCUCCUCAAUUUCAGUUGUUUCUAGUCAGUUUCAAGUUGGCUUCACUUUUUCUGGUUUUCAUGAAUUUGCAGUGUUUGGACUCCAAACAUUUCAAGGGAAUAUUUAAAUCCCCACAACGCAAAAUGUUUAAAAAACAGAAAUUAUGACAACAUUAACAUCUGUUUAUGUUUUUAAAAAAUCCCAUAUUUGGCCCAAACUACCUAAGAAUGUCCUUUUAAUGAAAACAAACCUUCAGUCCUUUUUGCAAACGUACCAUAAAUGGAUAUAGUAGAAAUGACAGAUACAUAUCAAUGUCAUUUUAGAGUAUGUUUAAAAAAACCAACCAAGUUAUUUGUCUUAGGAAAUAUCAAACUUUUAUUGGGAAUUUGGAAAAUAUUUUUGGCUAGCAUGAAAAGUAAAAUCCUGCACCACAAUGUACAGGCGUGGGCACAGAGACUGAACAGAUGGACUGCUGUAAAACAACCAUUUAAUAAGACAUUAAAAUGCCAUCGACUUGGACACACACAAAAAAAAGCUAUGAAAAUAAAUGCCUUUCAAAUAAUUAGGAUCUUAUGCCUGAGACUAGCAUUGAUCUCUGUGCAAAGAUUUUCCUGCUGAAAUCAGGCCAGUCUAAGUCUGAUUGUGUAAGGAAGGAAUUAGUGUGUAAAUCGUCUGCUCCUUGAGAUUUUUGGUUCUGUUUCCGCUGUAUAUGACCGUUCAUGUAAAUGAUCAUUUUAGACUAUCUCCCUCUCCCGUUUGGUUUAUUAUGCCCAAAAAACAUUGUUAAUUGAAUCCCAGAUUUUUAUCAUGAAUAUGUGAAACAGUUAAAUCACUAGCUUUUACUCCUAGUGCAGCUUUUACUCCUAGAUGCAGCCAGGAAUAGGAACAGAACCCAUUUCUGUUCUAGAAAGCGUAGUAUGACUUUACUUUCCCUCAAAGUAAUGUACAAACAUUGAUUCUAAGUUUUAACAAUAGUCUGCAAACAUAGCUGCUGUGAAAAAUAGAUCAUUCAUUUGUACAAAUUCACCCAUUCAGUAUAACAGCAUUUCUUAGGAGCAAUUUUCAGCAACUAUUAAUGCUUGCAAAUAUGAAAGUAACUUCUAAUUUGUGCCAUAGUUAUUGUUGUAAAUAUAACCCCAGUUUGCAUGGUUCAAAAAGUCUCCACUAUUUAAAAAGAAAAAGAUCUGGAAAAUAACGAAUCCAUAAUAUUUAAAUUUUUCAAUAUGUAAAAUGACCAAAAUAUUUGUUUAGAUAAUGACUAUGAUGCAAGAAUAUUUUGUAAAGCUGUAUUUUGUUUAUUGCCUCCAAAUAAGUAUUUUUAUAAAUAAUAGUAAUAAGAAAUUUGAACCCCCAAAAGCACAUUUAAGUAUGUUAAGGUUGUGGAAGAAGGUAAUACAAAGUGAUUUAAGGAAGGCGUCUUGGAUUAUCCACUUUCACUUUGAAUUUCAUAGGUUUUUAUCAGCUUUUAUCACAAAUGUAGUGUUGCAUAAACUUUAUUUUUGUUAUGGAGUAACCUUGCAGUUCUUGUCCAUUUUCCCACAUAUUAACUUUAAGAACCUUGAGGAAAUUAAUGAACAUAACUUUCAUAUUAUAAUUCUUAUUUUAUGUUUGUCAGUAUUCAAUAA